GUUUAGGCCUUUAGGGUUUAUUACCUUUGUUUCUUUAAACCCACCAUCAGUAGCAGCCAUCUCCAUCUUACUCAUCUCGCAUCUCCUCUUUCGUCCCCUCUUCUUCCAUCUCUUUGAUCUCCAACGCCACGCGGCCAAUAUCAAUCGUCUCCUCUUCUUCCAUCUCUUAACACACUUCCCAACAUCAAUCCAAAAUCAAACUGGCACAAGCCAUGAACUUGAAGAAAUGAAAAAUUGAAAGAUAAUAAAAUUUCAAUCUUACGAAUUUUAAGAGGAGAGGGGAAAAACAUCAGCAGGCGUACGAGAGCUGACUACGGAGGCAAGCGAGAGAAAAAGAAAAAUAUGAGCCAAAUUAGAUUGUUUAGAAGGAACAUUAUUGUUAGUAGCAAAAAUCUAAUACAACUGACAUCGGUACGAACAUUUGCUGCCGGAGGCAAAUCAAAGAAGGGAUCUAAAGGGGGUGCAGCUGCCGAUGCUCCUAAAGCAUCAAUUCUAAGUAAAGAGGUGAAAUCUACGACUGUAGUUGGUGCCAAUAUUCUGAAGGAAGGUGCAGAUCCAAAAAUUAUGGCAGACUCGGAGUAUCCUGCUUGGCUGUGGAAUUUGCUUAAUAAGCAUCCACCUCUGAGUGAAUUACGAAGAAAGAAUGCUGAAAGUCUUCCCUACGCAGAUCUCAAACGCUUUAUUAAAUUGGAUACUCGAGCAAGGAUCAAGGAAAACAAUUCUAUUAAGGCCAAGUAACAAUAUAGUAGACGAAGACUUUCUUUUUGUUUCUUUUGUGAAUGUAAUGCAACUCUUUCUCAAACUCUGCAUCAAUGUGCAAGUCCUGACUUGCAUUCUCUCCCUUUUAUUUUUCUAAGCCAUUUUAAUGUACUACUUUCAGAUUAAAUUCGCCCAGUUUGGCUUAAUUUGAAGACCAAUCUUGUUAUUUUUC